AUGCGCUUCUCUGUCGCCUCCCUACUCUUCUUGGGAGCAACUUUGGUUGCUGCUGGCUCCGUCCCCGACGAUUCCAGUGCCUCCUCCAGAAGCGCCCACUCGCUCAGCCGAACCGGUAACAACUUGAAGGCUCGUAGCAACAUCUUUGCUCGUGCUUCAGGAGAUGAGCACUGCUCUGGCAGAGGCGUUACCUGCCAGAGCUGCUUCGGCAGUGGCUUCAAGGAAUGCCCUGAUGACUCAUCCAAGUGCUACAACCCGGACGACCCAAAGUACUCUAGCUGCUCCAGCAGCAGCGGCGGCUCUUCUGGUGGUUCUUCUGGUGGUUCUUCCGGUGGAAGCUCUGGUGGCUCCGACUCCUGCUCUGGACGGGGUGUAACCUGCCAGAGCUGCUUCGGUAGCGGUUACAAGGAAUGCCCCAACGAUUCGACCAAGUGCUACAACCCAGAUGACCCAAGAUACUCUAGCUGUGAUCCCUCUGGCGGCAGCGGCGGUUCUGGCGGCAGCGGCGGUAGCAGCGGCGGUAGCAGUGGUGGCUCUGGGGGCUCCGGCGGCUCUGGUGGCAGCAGCGGCCCUACCGACGAGAGCUGUGCUCGCCAGUACGGCACUGGAAACAAGGUCUGCGGCACUGACAGCUGCUAUAACCCAACUGUGGGAGAGACCUGCUGCCAGAACACUGGAAAAAGUGCUCCAAGUCUGGCACCCUUUGCUGUGCUCCUAAACCCUGAUUGCAGAGGUAUUAGCUCCAAUGACAGCACCACUACCUCCUCCAGCACUUCAACCUCUACCUCUACUUCUGGAAGUUCUUACCCAACAUCCACUAACGUCUCUGGGUCUUCUCCAUCAUCUUCGCCAGAUACUCCACAAAGCAACGGUGCUGGCUGCCUCUCUGUCAACGUUUUCCCCAUCCUUGCCGGUGGACUGGGUGUGAUCGCCGCCCUCUAA